AACAAACAGACAUUAUGUUUAAAGGAGUGUCGGAUCUGACAAAAGAAUUGGAUGUGCUCGAAAAAGAAAUUGAGGGAAAGAAGAAAAUCCUGGAAACCUUGGAAAAUGACAAACUAUCACUUGAUAAGUACAAGAAAGAAAAAGAAGCAUUGUUAGGACAUCUUUCGACCCUCCGUGAACAAAUUCGACAAGAACAAACAGCCCUGGAUAAACUAUUGUAUGAUAAAAUAUCUCUACAGAAUGAAAUAUCUGAACUCAAGAGAAAAGCACAGAAAGUAGCUUCAGAAGUGAGCCAGAAAGAAAAGCACAUCGAUAGUGUAGAUAUUGGGUUUUCUUCUGAUACGGAAAACAAAGUAGAAGUUACUGCGAAAAACGGGGCUAAAUCAGGACUAAAAAUGGAUGUGAAAACUGACGUUCUGUUAUCAAAUGGAUUAGUAGAAGCUACCAGACCUGAAACUGCCUUUGAUGUAGAAAAGUUAUACAAAAGAUUAGCAAAAUUUGAAUAUAAAAUAAAAAGGUUAGAAAAAAGAUUGAUAAUGGUCAAGCCAGGAUCAGAGACUAGCAGCUCGGAAGUAUUUCAGCCAGAUGGCACGGUACAGCAUAGUAAGGGCCCAGAAAAUGUUGAGCAAACAUGUCAUCAAAAAGUUUUAAUUACUAGUCAUCCAGACAAAUCAACACUGAAGAAAUCCAAAUUUAGAAGGAAAGAAGGUCCAGAAAACCUAAUCGCUCAAGAUUCAGAGAGUGACUCAAGUGAAGAAUUGGAAGAUUUAAGACUCUAUAAAGUUAUCUCAGAAGGAGAAUGGAGACCAGAGGACAAGGCACGUAACUUUAUAACUAAAGAAGAAAGUCGAGUUGAACUUCUUCGGGGGAAUGUAACCCUGGGAAGUCCACAUUUGUUACAGCACUACAAAAAUUACCAUGAAAGGAUGGCAUCAGACUUGGAGAAACUCCAAAAAGUGGCAGAGACUACUUCAAAUUAUGCUACGUAUAGGGAUACGAUCGUCCGUAAAGCUUUGCUUUCAACCAAACAGGAGGAUUGCAGGAAACGGCUUUUGAAAGAAUUGACAUCCACUCCCUUACAAACUGAAAGAAUACAUCCAGGGUUCUCUCUAUCACGCUCUUCUUCCAUAUCUGACUGCAGUAGUGGCAUCAGUGGCUCAGAUGGUGAUCAGUUAGCACCUUGUCUUGGUGAGCAUCAACAGAAAGAUCCACCAGGGACUUCUUCAGUUCCUUCGCUUGGUCUACCUUAUGUUUCACUAUCACAACAGUUAACACAAAGAGGAAAGGAUGGUGCUGUGCCUGCAAUCAUCGCCGAUCAAAGAUCGGAAGAUACAAAGUCUGUGUAUGGAUCAUGGACAUUGCAUAGAAGUUCUAGUGUGGAUCGUCUACUUGGACAAGCAUGGAAGGAAUGUUUUGGAGAUUGUUUGGCUCCCGUACUUCCACGGCCAGCAUCAGGUGCAGAGGCCAUCAAUUACAGCCAAGCUCAUUUUAAUCAGAGCAUAUCCUCAAAUUCUGGACCAGCUCGUGAUCUUUGUGAUGUACAGUCUAGUCAUGAAAUGUGGAGAGUCAAACUUCGAGAAAUGCGGAAAAAAACUCAGACAAACGGAAAUUAACUCUGCUUUCCACACUCAUAUAUAAAUCCUUUUUUAAAGAGUGUAAUGAUAGAGUUUCUAAGCAGCUAGAAAAGUAUAAUUAUUGUGAUAUCUUGCUAUUUAUGUGCCAUAGUGUACAUCCGUCCAAUAAAAUGACAUCAGAAAUAUCCACCUUAUUAAGUAUUUUAUAUGUAAAUAUUUUAUGGAGUACUCAUUAUAUAAUGUUUACUUGGUCAUAAUUAAAUCUAAAACUUAUUUUAAGAGACAUCAAAAGUUUUGUUAUUCGAGGCUGUGUGACAAUUUCCCCUUUUUUUGGCUCUAUUAUAGCAUAACAUGUUAGUAGUGUAGUCUGUGAUCACUGAAAACGUUAGUUGUUUUCUAUUAUUUUAACAAAUUUCACUUUCAUAUCUAUUACAUUUACUUUUCCUGAAGAAGUCGCCAAUAAUUGGCCGAGUGUACAUGUUUGUAAGCUGUCAUUUCUAGUGUCACUUAAUACCUCUGUGGUAUUCUCAAGUUCAGAAUAUUUGCAUAUUGUAGUUACUUUAUCACUGAAAGUUUUUGGUAAGAAAAUGGAAGUAUGUAUUCAUAAGGCAGAGCAAAUAUUUUGUGUAGUACACAAAAACACGAGUAAAAUGAUACUCAAGGCUCACUUGGUGCUCAUAUUGAUUGGACUUAACUUUGUUCAUUAUUGUACAGAAUAAACGUAAGCCAACUGUAAAAACAGAGUAAUAAAAGCUGCUGGAAACAUUGAUGUUUUACUCACAUUUUUUCUGCAUAUAAGUAUAUAUUUUAAUUUGCUCAUUUGUAUGCAUAAUACAUAUUAUAAUCUUAAUAUUGUUUUAACUGUUGCUUCACACAUAGUUAUUCUAUUUGCUAGCACAGUAUUUUAUAUACAUAAAUGUUAUGAUGUUUUAUUGUCUUCAGGUAAUUCAAACACCAUCAGAUAUUUGAUGAAACAACACUAUACGUCAUACUGGACUAUUCAUGAUAGCAGGUUUGUCACUGCUGGUCAUAAAGAAGAACGUAUAAAAUCUAGUUGAUUACCUGGUAGCAUUUUAUGCUGGGGUCAUUUUCAGAAUGAUUACAA